UAAGAUACAAAUUUUUCCUCUCACCAGAACUAAAUCGCUUUAGUAUCAUAUAAAUCACAUAUAUACAAAUGAGAGAAGUCAUCAGUGUCAACGUUGGACAAGCCGGUUGUCAAAUUGGUAACGCUUGUUGGGAAUUGUAUUCACAAGAGCACGGUAUCAGACCCGAUGGUUAUUUACAAGAAGGAUUAGACAAGCCAAAAGGAGGUGAAGAAGGAUUCUCAACUUUUUUCUCUGAAACUGGAUCAGGAAAGUACGUUCCAAGAGCCUUGUACGUUGAUUUAGAACCCAACGUGAUCGAUGAAGUUCGUAAUGGUAUCUACAGUGAUUUAUUUCACCCAGAACAAUUAAUUGCUGGUAAGGAAGAUGCUGCCAACAAUUAUGCCAGAGGUCAUUACACCAUUGGAAGAGAUAUUAUCGAUGAUGUUAUGGACAGAAUUAGAAGAAUGGCCGAUCAAUGUGAUGGUUUACAAGGUUUCUUAUUCACCCAUUCCUUGGGUGGUGGUACUGGAUCCGGGUUUGGUUCUUUAUUGUUGGAACAAUUAUCCCUUGAUUUUGGAAAGAAAUCUAAGUUAGAAUUUGCUGUUUACCCAGCUCCUCAAGUUUCCACUUCAGUGGUGGAACCUUAUAACACUGUGUUGACUACCCAUACCACCUUGGAACAUGCUGAUUGCACUUUCAUGGUUGAUAACGAAGCUAUUUACGAUAUGUGCAGAAGAAACUUGGAUAUUUCCAGGCCAAGCUUCAGCUCUUUGAACAACUUAAUUGCUCAGGUUGUUUCCUCUGUUACUGCUUCUUUGAGAUUCGAUGGUUCCUUGAACGUUGAUUUGAAUGAGUUCCAAACCAAUUUGGUACCUUACCCAAGAAUCCAUUUCCCAUUGGUUUCUUAUGCUCCAGUUUUCAGUAAGAAUAGAGCUAACCAUGAAUCUAAUACUGUUGCUGAAAUCACCGCUUCUUGUUUUGAACCAGGUAACCAAAUGGUUAAGUGUGACCCAAGACUUGGUAAAUACAUGGCUAACUGUUUGUUGUACAGAGGUGAUGUUGUAACCAGAGAUGUUCAGAAUGCUGUUUCCCUAGCCAAAAGUAAGAAGUCGGUUCAAUUGGUCGACUGGUGUCCUACUGGUUUCAAGAUCGGAAUCUGUUAUGAACCACCAACUGCUAUUGUUGGCAGUGAAUUGGCCAGUGCUAAUAGAGCUGUGUGUAUGUUGUCUAACACCACUGCUAUUGCUGAAGCUUGGAACAGAAUUGACAAGAAAUUCGACUUGAUGUACUCUAAGAGAGCUUUUGUUCAUUGGUAUGUUGGUGAAGGAAUGGAAGAAGGUGAAUUCAGUGAAGCUAGAGAAGAUUUGGCUGCCUUGGAGAGAGAUUACGUUGAAGUUGGUACCGACUCUAUGCAAGUUGAAGAAGAAGAAUAUUAAAUGUUAUACCCCCUUCCAAAGUGACAUGUUUUUUUAUUACCAUUGAAGGUCACGUUUCUUUGUUUUACGCGUAUACAUGUAUACUUUCUGUUUGUUCUCUUCAAUAUAUUUUAAUGUGGGUUUAGUCUAAUAAAUGUAUUUAUAAGCACAUU